GCUUUCGUUGGUCAAGACGCCGCUCUCGCUGGCAUCCGGUGACCAGCUCUCCUCCAGUCGCAGUUCCUCAGUCUGAUAACGCUCCUCGGCCGGUGAACGUCGCUAGUCGCUGUCUAGUCUCCGGAUAUAUUAACAUCAAUCGUAACCGAUCUCGCCAUGAAGUGCGGUGUUAGUGCUGUGAUUACGUUACUCCUCCUCGCGAUCGGCCACGCCCCGCCGCCCACUGACGCCCAGUUUAAUCAGGGGAGGCAAGUUCGUCAGAACUGCAUCACUCCGGAGAAUUACUAUGGCAGUUGUGUGACCUUGAGCUACUGUCCCCAGGUGGCGAACAUCUUUAGGACCAAUAACAUUGACCGGGCUCAACGCUAUGUGAUCGCCCUGCAGCGAAGCUGUGGCACCCGGAACAUUAAUGGGGAUCCGGUGGUCUGCUGCACUGAGCCCAGAAUUAACCCGGUCACAGAGCGACCCGUGAACCCAUUCCUUCCCACAGACUCCUCCUUCGUUGUACCGCGGCCUCCACCGGAAGUAUCCGAGAAUCCAUUCUUUACGCGUCCCAGAGCAACCACAACCACAACGACGACGACGACAACAACGACGACCACGCCGGCUCCCCUUCCGGUUACCUCGGCGGCACCUGUCAUUGAAUUACGAGGAGAUGCUUGCCGUGGACCAGACAUCAAGCCCGGAAACUGUGUGGAACUCAACUUGUGUGCUUCGUUGCUAAAUGAGCUGCGGGUGAAGCAGCGUGACGAAUCCUUUGCAAAUUUCCUUCGAGCCUCUAGGACGAUUUGUGGCAACAAGGGCACCCAGGUAUGCUGCCCCAAUGGAAUGACAGUGGCCACCACCAAGGCACCCAUCUUUCCAAGGAACACGGACGAAGUGCCGCGACGUCUGCUCAACGUGGAAGAGGGCUGCGGCUCCACUGUGAGGUACUUCAAGAAGAUCGUUGGCGGCGAAGUGACCCACAAGGGAGCUUGGCCCUGGAUUGCACUUUUGGGCUACGAUGAUGCCUCCUCGUCGCCUUUUAAGUGCGGAGGAACCCUGAUCACAGCCAGACAUGUGCUAACCGCAGCCCACUGCAUCCGGAAUGAUCUACAAUUCGUGCGCUUGGGAGAACAUGAUUUGAGCACGGAUACGGAGACCCCCCACAUAGAUAUCAAUGUGGCCAAGUACGUGGCUCAUCCGGAAUAUAAUCGCAAAAAUGGACGCAGCGAUAUUGCCAUUCUGUACUUGGAGCGUAACGUACCCUUCUCAGCCAAGAUCACUCCCAUUUGCCUGCCCAAGUCGCAGCCUUUGCUCUCCAAGAGCUAUGUCGGCCAAACGCCCUUCGUUGCCGGUUGGGGCAAGACUCAGGAGGGCGGUGAGUCCGCCACGGUGCUCAACGAGCUCCAGAUUCCCAUCUACCCGAACGAUGUGUGCAUCCGAAGCUAUGCGGCCCAGAAGCGCUUUUUCAGUGCCGAUCAGUUUGAUGCCGCUGUGAUUUGCGCCGGAGUCCUGUCCGGCGGUCAUGAUACCUGUCAAGGCGAUUCCGGUGGUCCUCUGAUGAUUCCAGAAACCAAUGCCCAGGACAUGAGGUACUAUCUGAUUGGAGUGGUGUCCUACGGCAUUGGCUGUGCUCGGCCAGACGUGCCUGGUGUUUACACCAGCACACAGUACUUUAUGGACUGGAUCACACAACGAGUCCAGGAAACCACCUAAAGGGUCAAUCGUUGCCAUGCCAUAACACUGUUGCACUAAGUCAUAAUAAGUAACAAAAUAAAUCCAUUAUGUGAAUCACUAAA